GUUUAGUAUUAUAACUCUACAAUUGUAUUUACUAUUAACGUUGUACGAAAUAUCGUAAGUAUCGAUAUGAAUUAUCAUCCGAUAGUUCUAGUUCUGCGAACUAGAACUAUGAGAGAACGAGUGAUCGGAACUGGGGUUCAAUGAGCACUUUUGGGGCGGUAUCGACAAGACGAGGAGGUUGAAAAGAAUUAAGUAAAAAUAAAAUCAUAAAAAGCACGAAACAUCCGUGGACCUUUUGCGCCAAUAACUUCAGAAGUGGGAUCUUAGCCCUUUAAAGUAUCUGCCUACAUAAGUAUUUGUCUACUGGCAUCCCCGACAACGAGUAUUUGCCACAUUUUAUAAAUGGCCGAGGAAACCAUGGCAAACAUUGACAAAGAAAAAAUUGUAGAGUGGUUGCUGGAGAAGGAGAUCAUUUUUCCAGCCAGCGCAACACUAAGGCAACUUCGUAAGCUUGCCAUAAGUGGUGGAAUGGACGAAGUUUCUGAAAGUCCGGUGAAUAAAUCGGAUAUUGAAUCGGAUGGAAAAGUGUCUGAAAAUGAGCAGAUCGACGAUAUGAAAGAAGAAGAAUUACUUGACGCCGCAAUAAGGGUGGCUGAGAAAAAGAAGAAACUGGCUGCCUUAAUGGUAAUGGACAACUAUAUGACCGAUGACAUCCGAAUGGUCAAGCAACUUAUUGCUCCUUUUUCUGCCAGUGAAAAUGAUGAAGCCUCUGAAUGGGUCUUGAAUUUUGAACGGAUUUGCGGAGGCGUGAACGAAAGCAGCAAUUUUAAGCUUCGUUGUGUGCGCAUGUUGAUGAAGGCGGGAACAGAGGCGGACUUGUUCAUGCGUGUCGACAAAUCAAAGACUUACGACGAGUUUAAGGGAAACUUCCUAAAAACUUUUGGCCGCAGCAAUUCAACUGCCGACGUGGUACUUCUGUUGAAGGAAACCUUUUUCAACCCGGAGAAAAACUCCGUAAUGGGAUAUAUUCUUCGCAUGGAAGAAAUUGCUAUGCGUGCCGACAUCGAAGAGAAAUUGACAGUGCAGUUCAUCAUUGAUGAUUUUCGUGAUCGAUCUUCCAGUAUCGCCUUAUUAUAUUCAGCGUCGACCAUCGGAAAACUUAAGGAGCUGGCUCGACAAUACGAGGCUUUGAGGAAGAGUAACCAGGCAAAUUUUAAGCGCACUGGGAUGACCGCUUCCGGAAAUGACCGGAGCCAAGUGCGCUGCUAUAAUUGUUCAGCACAUGGCCAUUAUGCUUCAUCGUGUCCCGCACCUAAGCGGGAGAAGGGAUCGUGUUUCCAGUGUGGAUCCAUGCAGCACCAGGUGAAGGAUUGCCAACAGAAGCCUAUGCCAACCCAGCGAUCCGUGGGUACAGCCAGCAACCCGCCAAUGGACGACAGAGAGGAGAACAAUAUUUUUGUUCCUAUUGUUAAUCAGCGCUAUUAAUUUGAUGCAGCGCUCGGCGAUAACUUAUGAAAAUUUUGAUGGUGUACUAAGACCGACAGAGUAUUUUGGAGUUAACGGUUCGAGAAUAAGCAUUUUUGGAAAAAUAAUUGUCAAUUUAGUUUUUCAUUACAUUGAAAAAGAACUUAUAUUUUUCGUUGUACUAAACAACUAUAUUUCGUGUGAUGUCCUUCUGGGGCGCAGUUUCCUUGAAAAUUAUGGAAUAAAAUUAAUUUUUGAAAAUGAAA